AUGCCUUGCUAUUCAUGGGAUUCAGCAUAUUUUAGUGAUGUCUCAAAUGGCAAUACUGGUUCUCAAAAUGGAAAAUAUGGAUCAGCUUCUACUUUUGCCAAGUCCAGUGGUUUUAACUCUAUGAAGUCUAAUGACAAUACUGCUGGCAAAUCCUCUAAGUCUACAAAUACACAAGCAAUCAGACCUUUAAACAAGGUGUCUGCAUUGGGUUCUGAUUUCUCAGCACGUCUCUCGAAAGGAUACCAUCCUGUAGGAAAUUUGCCUCCUUUUUCUAUCCAAAAACAUGGUCCAUUCCCGCAUAAUUGUCCUAUGAACUAUAGACAGAACGGAAGGAUAUGGAAUGGAAAUGAUAGAAAUAAAUCUGGAGACAGAUUCUAUAAAAACAGUGAUUUUGAAACCUCAAAUGAACUAACUUCUGGUCCUAGGGGCUCUAACAAAUUUCCUUCUCUGGAGACUGCUGUCAAGGAAGACUUGGGAAUCACUGUACAAAGAGAUCAGUAUAACAAACCAGAUUUUGAAACUAAGUACGCAGAUGCUAAGUUCUAUGUUAUCAAAUCUUACAAUGAAGAUGACAUUCAUAAGAGCAUUAAAUAUGAUGUAUGGGCAAGCACUCCAAAUGGCAAUAAGAAGUUAGAUGCAGCAUUCGGUGAAGCAGAACAGAGAUCUUGA